CCUAUUUACUUUAUGAUUUUUUUUCCAUUGAAAACUUACGCAAGCACCGUGUAAACAGGAAGUAGCAUGCGAACUUAUAAAUAAUUUUUCUAUUUGUGUUUAUUCAGCAAAAGACAUCUUCUCGUGGACAGAAAACAUUUUAGAAAUCAUGAAAAGGUGCCAGGUGUGUUCAGAGGCGGAAGCCAAGUACCGAUGCCCUCGAUGUAAUACUGAGACGUGUUGUUUAGAAUGCGUCAAACAACAUAAAGUCAAUACAGACUGUAGUGGCCAACGUGAUAAAACUGCUUAUGUUAAAUUGAGUGAUUUCAAUGACAGAAAUUUACUGAAUGAUUACAGACUUUUAGAAGACACUGGGCGGAAAAACAAUAAUGCAGCCAGGGAUGUCUUAAAAAGAAAACAUAACAGGCCAAACUUUCUUCGAGAGUUAGAGAAACAAGCUGGUAUAAGGAAAAUAAACCUACGCUUGAUGCCGUAUCCAAUGUCACGUCGUAAAAGUAACUCAACCAAUUAUCAAAACAGGUUAAAGAAAAUGUUUUGGCAGAUUGAGUGGGUGUUUGCAGAUGUGGAUCUAACACUGAUAGAUAAAAGAAUAUGUGAAGAUGAUACCUUAGAAUCUGUGCUGGAGAAACAUGUCGGAGUUGAUAGUGACCCAGUUGUCAGACACAAGAUAAAGCCAUACAUCACUGCCGGUAGAGAAAACUGGAAGCUCUUCAUGAGAUAUGAAAACACCUCUGCUGAUAAACCACAAUUUUACAAGUUAGAUUUGACACAGUCUUUGUUAGAAAACUUUAGAUACAAACAGAUUGUUGAAUAUCCCAGCAUUCAUAUUGUUCUUCCCUCAAACCCAAAACAGUACAUCACAGUGCCUACAGAACAAAUACAAGCACAAAAUACACAGGAAAAGCUGCUGGCAACAGAAGAAAAGCUCACGUCUGGAGUAGACACGCUGUCGACAGAAAAGCUGACGACAGCAGUAGGAAAUGAAUUGGAUAAAGUUUUAGGAACAGAAUCAAAAAAUGAAAAUGUAACUGGAGAUAUUCUCCCUAGACCAAUUGAGAGUGUCACAUGAGCAUGAAAAAGAUCUUUAUUAAAAUUGUUUUUAUCA